AUGGUCCCGGGCGAAGGUCCAAGUGUUGGCACCGACUCACGAGGUCUAUGGCUUCUGCGUAAGAUGAAGGAGUUGAUAUAUAUCACUGAUGAUGAAUGGAAGGAUAUGUUGUCCGAGGCGGAAACGGGGAGUCGCAUUAUCCAUUGGCUCGAUGGGAAGGGUGGUAGAGGAGACCUGCUGGUGUUUUAUAACGUCCUCAGUGAGGCCGGACACAAAUCCCUCCAUGUGUCGGUGGGCAUGCAUGAGGUUGAGAAGGCUAUCUCCGUGAUGGGCAAGCUGGUCGCCGGUAUGUAUUUUAUAAGGACUGCCAGCGGCAAAAUUGAUACGGCAGGAAAGGAGGUUAAUGUGGCAAUGCUGAGCAGUUGUAUAUUCGGCGUACUGGGAGACACGAGGAUCCUUUAUGAUGUGCAGAUAGUUAUGGAGCAGCUGUUCUUGCCCGCGUUGGACUAUAAGCCACCGGACGGUUCGAGCCCUGGUCGGAAUCGCAAGUCGUUGACAGAAUCUCACAUAAGUUCGAGGGGUCUGUCGUUGCCGGAGGCAGGGACGGAUAUGAUGAGCGUGAUGAGUUCAGUGAUGGAAGGGAGCUCCGAGGAUGAGGAUUCCGAUGCGUCGGAGAAGUCGGCGGAGUCGAAGGAGGAGAAGCCCGAUGGUCGUGAGAACGGUGGUGACGCGAGGCUGGUCCAGGUUGGAUCGGAGACUAGGGACGAGUUGGUUCUCAACGCGAGUAAAUUCCAUCAAAAGUUGGGCCAGGUGGCUUCGCAAGUUUACGGUUCCUCGAGCAUUCGCCCUCCUGAAGGGGUGGAUUUGGAUGAGCUGUUGAGGAAGCUUGAAGGGUCGGAGGAGUGUGGAGAGGAUGUACUUCGAUGUGUUGAAGCUGUGGGGCAAUGGGCGGAGGAGGUUGAGCGGCUGCUGAAGACAGAGAAGGAACAUGCGACGGCCAUUGGGCCGCACCCGAUGGCGGAGAUCCUCUUUUGGAGGGACCGGAGUGAGAGGCUGUCGAGCUUGUUCGAGCAACUGCAACUUGGACGCUGCCAGAAGGUAGGAACGUUCUUGUGUGGUGGCGGCAGUGCGAGUCGAAUACAGGUAAUUGAGAUUCAAUCGGCAUUGCACAAGUUGCAUGUGGAAGCCAAGGACAAUGUGAGGUUCCUGAUGACUUUGGAGCGGCAUCUGAAGAAGUUGACUAAUGGUGGUAUGGCUGAGAUUGCCGAGAUGCUGCCGAACUUGAUGAAUGCUCUCAGGAUGGUGUGGGUUGUCAGCAGGUAUUAUAAUACGGAUGAGAGGAUGGAACCACUACUUCAGCGAAUAGCGGAGCAGAUAGCCACAAGGGUUAGUGACCAAAUCAGCGUGAAGUACUUGUUGAGGAGGAGUCCAGUGAGGGCGGGAGUGCUGGUUGCACAAUGCAAGGCGACCUUGGAAGGAUGGGAGAAGCAUUACAUGGAGACGCGAUCUAGAAUUGAAGAGAGCGGCUCGGACCACAGGUGGGAGUUCGACAGAGCCAAGUUGUUCAAGCGCACAAAGUACAUGGCGAAGACAUGUGGUGAUUUAAUGGUGAUUACUAAGAUGUUAGAACAAUUUUACAAGUUCCUCGGGCCGGAGCUCAAAGAGGUCACAGGCGACGCAGUGGGCAUCGACAAGCUUCUAGACGAAGUGACAACCGCAGCAGCUGCCUUCAAGGCCUACAGCGAAUGUUUCGACGAUCGGCACCGGAAGGCCUGGGAGAGAGAAAUGAAACUGUUCAAAGAGAAAACCAUUGAGAUUGAGGAUAAAGCUAUCGUCUUUCUCGAUACACGAUUCAGACAGGUAAACCUUGCGCAAGAAGAUUUCGUGGGAGUAUCAAGUACCUGUUUUGGCACUGGGCAGAAGGCUUGCGGAGAUUAUGUAGAACUUGGUAAGGCGAUAUUAAAGUACGAGAGAGAUCUCUUUGGAGAGUGGCGGAAGUCGGCGAGUUUAACGGCGACGGAGUGUCUCAAUAGGAGCAUUCUUGCGAUUGAGAAGCAUGAAGGGCGGGCGUCGGCUAGUUAUAUGGUGAACCUUGCGCCAGAGUUGAUCGAACUGAUGAAAGAAGCGCAAAAUUUCGAUCUCAUUGGUGGUUUCGAACUCCCUGCUGCAAUCGUCAAUUUGGCACUGCAGAUGGACAAGUAUGAAGAUUAUGCCGAAAAAUUGAGAAUCAUGCUUCAGAGCUACGAGGAAGCGGUUGAAGGUCUGACGAUGGUACAGUGCAAGGUGUUGCAGUCGCAGAUCGCGGAUCUUCAUAAGGCAUUACGCCCAGGGUUGACACCGUUGAACUGGAAUAGUCUUGGCAUUGCGGAUUUCAUCGAAUCGGCGACUCGAGGGAUUGCAGCAUUCAAGAAUAUCAGAGAACAAGUGGAGAAGUCUGAGGAACGAGUGGAGGCAGUUGUGGAAUCGAUCGAGCAAUCGAUUUUGGAUUCCUUUGAGUCGAGUAGCGACGGCGAAGACAUUAUGGAUAUUCAGGAAUUCUAUGACUAUUUCGAAAACCAUCGCAUUAGUGAAGUCGAGAAGCUGGUAGAGCAAUAUGAGAGCAUUGGGCCGUUUCUGAUCAAAAUAGAGGAAACCGCGACUGGUACGAAAUCGGGUGCAGCAGAGUGUAUGAAGGAGUAUUACACAUAUUGGGAAAGAAGAGUUUAUAAUGCAAUAACGACGGCCCUCAUCAGAGGACUAAGCACUUUCCAAGUACUUUUAACUGCUACUACACAGAGGCCGCCGUUGAUAAGAAUGCGGGCGGAAUUCAAUCCUCCAGAGGUCGUGGUCGGCUCCCUCCAUGGGGUAUUCAAACUGCUAAGCAAGCUCAUGCAGAACAUCUUGCUCAGCUCAUCAGCGUUUAUGAGGUGGAUGGACGGAACUUGCCUGCUAGUGCCGGCGCAAACUGCAGAGCAGGAUGAGGAAAAGGCAAUCAUGUUUACCUUCCAUAAGGACGUGUCGCAGAAUGCAGCGCUCAUUGAGAUGACGAUGAAUAUCCAGAAUUCGCUACAACAAGUGUUCCAAGUUAUCAACAAGUUUAUGCGCAGUUGGAAGAAAUACGAUACUCAGUGGGGGUUGUGGGAUAUGAGGAGAAGACAGGAUUUGGAGAGGGUCGUCAAUGAGAAGAAACCUGGUCUAAGCUAUUUUGAAGUUCAUCUGAAGGUCUACAAGAAUCUGGUGGAUACUAUGCUGUCUCACAAAAGAGACCAGGAUGUGGCUUUCGUCAGGAUCGACUGCAUAGCCGUUAUAACAGGUAUCCGCACUCAAGCACAGGAGUGGUUGGCGGAUUAUGGCCGUAUAUUAUCCGACAGUGCGUCCAAAGAGUUAGAGAGGAUACGAGCCGAGAUAAAAGAGUUUAAGGACAACAUUGAUUUCAACCCUACUAAACUGGAGGAGCUGAAGUUGAUGCUUAGCACAAUAUCAUCGAUAGAGGCCUCCAAUAUGGACAUGGAAAUACGGAUAGCCGAUUUACAGGAGAAGUAUCGAACUUUAGCAUCCUAUAAGUGCAUGGUGAAGACUGAGGAAAAGAGUCUAGCCGAAGGCUUACCCAGCGCGUGGAGGAAUCUAAAGAAGUAUUCCCGAGCUAAGGACUUGGCAUUGGAGAAAAGCAAGAUUGAGUUUGCUGAAACCACCAAACAGGAGGUUAAAGCCUUUGGUGAAGAGUGCCGCAAGCUCCUAGACAACUUCAGUGUUAGAGGACCAGACACUUAUGAUGUCACCCUUGAUGAAGGAGUUGAACUGAUGAGAAAAUAUCAGAACGAGUUGAACCAUGGUCUGAAAAAGAAGGAGGAAUUGGUGAAAUCCGAGAUGCUCUUCAACCUGCCUAUUACGAGCUAUGUGGAAUUGGUAAUUUUGGAGAGGCAAUUGAAGCUGGUGAAGAAUGUGUAUGAUAUUUAUGAGGACCAUCGGAAGAUGGUAGAGGAGUUCAGCAACAUGUUGUGGACGAAGAUCGAUAUUGGAAUGUUGGAGAGAACCUCGGAUGAGUAUGAGAAGAAAGUCAGGAAAAGAGGGAAGGAUUUGCCUGAAUUGAAAUCAUCCGCGAUAUUCAAGAAGCUCGAGCAAGUGGUAUCGGAUUUCAAGCAGUCCGUACCGUUGAUUGCGAGUUUGAAAACGGACGCAAUCCGACCCUCCCAUUGGGGGGAGUUGAUGGCGUUGGCCGGGCAAGUGCCGGAGGACGCAGAAGAUGAAGAAGCAGCAGCAGCCGAUAUCGACUUGGCUUCUAUGACGCUGAGGUCCGUCUUUGCGUUGGAAUUGCAGAGAUUCCCGGAGGAGGUGAAUGAGAUAAGAACGACUGCUAUCAACGAGAUGAAUAUCGAAAAUGAGUUGAAGAGGAUUGAGGCGGCUUGGAGGGCUUUGAAUUUGGAUAUGGGAAUAUACAAAGGUGAUCGUGGUCACGUCUUACGCGGCAAUGAGGAGUUGAAGCAGACGUUGGAGGACCACGUAUUGGUGCUGCAGAGUAUGGGUAUGAGCAAGUAUGCAAUGAAAUUGAUGGACUCUAUCAAGAGAUGGGAAAAGAACCUCAACAUCGUUAAUGAAGUACUCAAUGCUUGGCUCACUGUACAGAGGAAGUGGAUGUAUUUGGAGAGUAUCUUCUUGGAUUCGGAUGAUAUCAGACUGCAGCUGCCGGAAGAAGCUAAGAAGUUUGAUAAAAUCCACAAAGUAUUCAAGGAGCUGAUGGAACGAACAGCGGCAAGUCCGAACGCCAUCCAAGCGUGUUGUGGUAACGACAGACUGAAUGAGUUGAAGGGCCUCACUGCUGAGUUGGACAGGACGCAGAAGAGUCUUACUGAUUAUCUAGACACGAAACGCGCCUUGUUCCCGCGGUUCUACUUCAUAUCAGACGAUGAGUUAUUGUCGAUCCUGGGAAGUUCGGACCCUCAGGCGGUGCAGCCUCAUUCGCUGAAGCUCUUCGACAACGCGAAGGAAAUCGUCUUCAAGCCCGGCACCGCAACUGUUAUUGGCAUGGUAUCUGACGAAGGAGAGCGAUGGACGUUUUGUACACCUGUAAAGGCGGUCGGAGCUGUCGAGGAGUGGAUGACGAAGGUUGACGAAGAGAUGAAGGAUUCCUUGCUGAGGUUGAUGAAGGAGGCCGUUUAUCACUAUCCCUCGACCCCUCGAACUGAGUGGAUACUAUCGCGAUUGGGUAUGGUGGUUUUGGCGGGCACACAAACGUGGUGGACGUGGAGUAUUGAGGACACUUUUAAACGUGUGAUGGAGAAGGGCGAUAAGAAUGCUAUGAAGAGGGAACUGAGGAAGGAGAGCCACGAGUUGGGUCAGCUGGUUGAGCUGAUAAGGACGAAUCUUAGCAGCUGCAAUAGGAAAUGUGUGAAUACGUUGAUCAUUCUGGACGUCCAUGCGAGGGACAUUGUUGAUCGAUUUGUGCGAGACUCGAUCCUGGAUGCGCGGGAAUUCGCUUGGGAGAGCCAGUUGAGGUUUAUGUGGGAUAGGAAGUUGGAUGACAUUCUGAUUAAACAAUGUACGGGAUCAUUCCGGUAUUGUUACGAGUACCAAGGGUUGAAUGGCCGGCUGGUCAUCACGCCACUCACCGAUCGGUGCGUUAUGACCCUUACCACUGCUCUCACAUUCCUUUUGGGAGGAAGCCCUGCUGGGCCAGCGGGAACUGGUAAAACGGAGACUGUGAAGGACUUGGCGAAGAGCUUGGCGAUAAGAUGUGUUGUAUUUAACUGUGGAGAAGGGCUCGAUUUCAAAGCCAUGGGUAAGGACGAGGGUACCACUCUCCAGGGGUUGUUGAGUGAUCUGUUCCCGGGUCUAGAAUGUCCACGUGUUGGGUAUCCAACGUUAAAGAAGGCGAUUGAGGAGGAAUUGGAGAGUCGCAGUAUGAAGCAUCGAUAUGAAGAUCUUUACGCCUUGCAAGUGGAUAAGAUCAUGCAGUUGUACGAGACGAUGCUGACCAGGCACACUACGAUGGUUGUUGGUAAGACAAUGAGCGGGAAGUCGGCGGUUAUAGAGUGCCUUGCUGGGGCUCAGAAGCGAGCGUUUGAUACUCCGACUCACCUUUAUCCGAUCAACCCGAAGAUGGUCACAGUGAAUGAGCUCUAUGGUGUGCUGGACCCGGCAACAAGGGACUGGACGGACGGUUUAUUGAGUAAAAUAUUUCGAGAUAUCAACCAACCGAUCCCGGCUGGGAAGGGAGAGGAAAAAAGAUACAUUUUGUAUGAUGGGGAUGUUGAUGCGGUUUGGGUCGAAAAUAUGAACUCCGUUAUGGACGACAAUAAAAUUCUUACACUCAAUAACGGUGAGCGAAUAAGACUAGAAAAGCACUGCGCCAUGCUCUUCGAAGUGGACAACUUGCAGUACGCAUCGCCCGCCACGAUUUCUCGGUGCGGUAUGGUAUAUGUGGACGAUAAGGACCUGGGGCCGGGGCCAUUUUAUGACCGUUGGGCGCGAGGAAAGGGAGAUAAGGUGGAAAAGAUUCUGAUGGAGAUGUUUGAGAAGUGGGUGAGGCCGUGUUUGGCUCUCCUCUGCGAUGGGAGAGUUGACGGGGAGGUCCUUGCGGACGGUCCGCUCGCUGGGAGUUUACCCCGCAGUCAGGUUGGGACGGAUUAUGUCGUCCAACUGAGCAAAAUUUUCGACAGUAUUGUUGGGGGAGAGGUUGGUCAUAUGAAGCCGCUGACGGUGGCGUCGGUUUUCGUCUUCACUAUGGUGUGGUCGCUCGGGUCGGUGCUGGAGGAGAGGACGCGGGAGCAGUUUGAUGAGUUCCUCAAGAUGGUGGUGAAAAAGCAUGAAAUUCCCGGGAUUGAUUCAAUUGAGUUGCCGAAAGAAUCCCUUUAUGAGAUGCUGUAUAAUACGACGGGUGAAGCGUGGGUGCCGUGGGAGGAGCGCGUGAUGGAGUACGAGGAGGGUUCGCCUGAUAGAGACUUCAAUUCGAUAUUGGUCCCCACGGUGGAUACGACACGAUACUCCUGGCUGAGGUCGCAGUUUGCCAAGGUGAAGGCGCCGUGCUUGUUCGUGGGGGAAUCUGGGACGGCGAAGUCGGUGACCAUCAUCAACUCGCUGGAGGCGGACCCGGUGGAGACGAGUUUGAUGUUACUGAUAAACUUUUCGAGUCGGACGAGUUCGGCGGAUUUCCAGCGGAAUAUUGAGGACAAUAUCUUCAAGAGAACAGGUCGGGUUUUUGGACCAGAACAGGGCAAGACUUUGCGUAUUUUUGUGGAUGAUCUUUCGAUGCCGAAGAUCGACAAGUACGGUACUCAGCAACCGCUAGCUUUACUGAAGUUUGUUGUGGAGAAAGGUUUCAUGUAUGAGCGAGGAGGCGAUUUGGAGAGGAUUGUGAUCCAGGAUAUUGAGUAUAUAGCGGCAAUGCAGCCUCCGGGAGCUGGGAGGAAUUCGAUCGAUCCGAGGGUGGUCAGCCUGUAUUGUGCGAUAGGGAUCACCUUCCCGUCAACGGAGACGAUUGAUAAGAUAUACAGCUCGAUACUGAGGGGAAUGUUUGUGCUGUUCGGGGAUGAGGUUAGAGAAAUGGCGUUGAGGCUUCCCGAAGUGACUUUGUUGUUGCAUCGAAAAGUGGUGGAGAAUAUGCCGAGGAGUCCGUCGAAGUUCCAUUACAUAUUCAACCUGCGCGAUUUGUCGCGGGUUUAUCAAGGAGUUUGUCAGGGCGACCCUCAAGUGGUGACCACAGGUGCGAAGUUGGUCCGUUUGUGGCGGCAUGAGUUCACUCGCGUGUACGCCGAUCGGUUGAUUGACAGCAGCGAGAGGGAGUAUGUGGAGGAGGAAUUGCUGGGCGCAGUCAUCGAGACUAAAUUUCCGGAGUGUCAGGAGGAAGUGUUGAGGGAACCACUGGUGUUUGGGGACUUUAAAGACGUUAUUGGUAUAUUAGAAGCGGACGAGCCGACGGGAGAGGUGCGGCUUUAUGAAGAUAUGCGAGAUUGGGAAGCAGUGAAUCGGAUACUGUUGGCGGUGUUGGAAUUAUACAAUUCAGAUAGGAGUGGUAUGAAUUUGGUAUUAUUUGUGGACGCUAUGCGGCAUAUGGCCAGGAUUCAUCGAAUUCUGCGGCUCCCGCAGGGGAAUGCGCUGUUGGUGGGAAUUGGGGGGUUGGGGAAGCAGAGUCUGACUAAGCUGGCAUCGUUUGCGGCUGAGCAGGAGUUGUAUGAGAUUGCACUUUGUCGAGGGUAUGGGGACAGCAAUUUGAAGGAGGAUUUGAAAGCGCUGUAUCAAGUGGCGGUGAAGAAGCCACAGACGUUCCUUUUUACGGAUGCCAAUGUGGUUGAGGAAGGGUUUUUGGAAUAUAUUAAUAACAUGUUGACGGUAGGGAUGGUGCCGGCAUUGUUUGCUGAUGAUGAGAAGGAAUCGUUGAUAUCGGGGGUGAGGAGUAAAGCGAAGGCUGAAGGAGUGAGUGAGAGUCGUAUGUGGACCUACUGUGUUAACCAUAUAAGAUCUCAAUUGCAUAUGGUAUUGGCAAUGAGCCCAGCCGGGAGCGCUCUUAGAGUUCGCUGUAGAAACUUCCCUGGUCUGGUCACGUGUACGACAAUCGACUGGUUUGAGCCGUGGCCGAAUGACGCUCUCUUGGCAGUGGCAACUCAGUUGUUGGCGGAGUGUGAUAUUCCUGCUGAGAACAGGGAGGAUAUUAAUCACUUCAUAUGCGAAGCCCAUCUGUCGGUGACGACCAAGUACAGUCCGGAUUUUGAGGCUAAAUUUAAGAGGCGCAAUUUCGCUACGCCGAAGAACUAUCUGGAUUUCCUCUCGGGAUACGAAGACCUUCUCGCUAAAAAUCGUAAGACGAUCGACGCUCAAACUCAGCGAUUGGGAGGAGGGCUGGACAAACUGGUACAAGCAGCAGAGCAAGUGACAAUUAUGAGUAAGGAUCUAGCGGCGAAGAAAGUGAUAGUGGAUGAGAAGGCGUUGGCGGUUGGUACGUUGAUUGAAGAAAUCAAUGAGAAAUCGAUGACGGUUUCGAAGCAUCAAAAGGUGGCUAAUGAGCAGGCUAAGCAAAUUGCUGAUGAUAACGUCAUCAUCCAACGGGAGAAGGAAGAUGCUGAUACAGCACUAGCUGAAGCGCUACCUGCACUUGAGAUGGCGGCCAAGGCUUUGGAGGAAUUGGAUAAGAAGGAUAUCACAGAAAUAAAGUCGAUGGCGAGCCCGCCGGCACCGGUCAUGACUGUGUGUCAAUGUGUGCUCAUUUUGAGGCCUCUGGGAAGGGAGGAUGAAAACGGAGGCUGGGCCGCGGCUAAGCAGAUGCUCAGUGACGUUAGUCUUUUGAGAGCUCUCCAAGUUUACAAGAAGGACGAUAUGAAAGACCGUCAGAUUAAGAAGAUCAAGGAGCUCCUUGCUAAGGAUAAGGAUGUUUUCGAGGGGGAUAAUAUGAAGAAUAUCUCCAAGGCAGGCUUUGGCCUCCUGCAGUGGGUGAAAGCGAUGAUCAAGUAUCACGAAGUGGCGAGGACGGUCGAGCCAAAGAGGAAAUUGGUGGCGGAACUGACACAGAAGAAGGAAGAAGCGGAGGCUAACUUGGAGAGGAUUAACGAAGAGCUGAGGACGUUAGCUGAGAAUAUUGAAAGAUUGAGCAAGGAGGAAGUUGAGCAAAGUGCGGUAUUGAAGUCGUUGGAGGAGGAAGCGGAGGCGAUGCAGAGGAAGUUGGAGGCUGCAUCGAAGCUGAUCGAUGGUUUGGCGUCGGAAAGGAAGAGAUGGUCAACGGAUAUCACUCUACAAGGUGAUAAGAAGGUUCGGCUAGUUGGGGACUGCCUCCUUGGGUCGGCCUUUAUUUCCUAUGCGGGACCAUUCAAUCAUCAGUUUAGAAAUGAGAUGCUCUACGGUGACUGGCUUGGUAGAGUCGUUGAAGCGGACAUACCGACUAGCAGGGACUUCAAAUUGGAAGCGUUAUUGACGUCUGAUGUAGAGGUGACACUGUGGAGCUCUCAAGGGCUACCUAGUGACGAGCUCAGCGUCCAGAAUGGCAUAUUGACGACCAGGACCAACCGAUUCCCGCUUUGCGUGGACCCUCAGAUGCAAGCUGUGACGUGGCUAAAGAAGAAGGAAGAGAGAACAAAUGGUGGCUUGACGGUAAAGACUUUCAAUGAUGAGUAUAUUAAGUACCUCGAGCUGGCUAUACAAUAUGGCAAGCCUUUCCUGUUCGAGAAUCUCGACGAGGAAAUAGAUCCGAUGAUUGAUCCUGUGCUGGAGAAGAGGUAUGUUAUUCAAAAUGGUCAGAAGUUGCUUACACUUGGUGACAACACUAUCGAAUGGUCGGACACAUUCGUUUUAUUUAUGACGACACGCAUUUCGAACCCGCGAUACUCCCCUGAGAUUAUGGGGAAGGUGUCGAUCAUCAACUACACGGUCACUUUGGACGGGCUAGCUGCGCAGUUGUUGAACGUGGUGGUUGGGUUUGAACGGCCGGACUUGCAAGCGGAAAGGCAGCAGUUGGUGCAGUCUAUGAGUGAAAAUCGACAAGUCAUAAAGAAUCUGGAGGACACUUUAUUGAGGGAGCUCGCGGCUUCGAAAGGAUCGAUUCUUGACAAUGAGGAGUUGAUACAGACGUUGCAAACAGCCAAGACGAAGGCGUUAGAGAUAACAGAGGCCCUCGAAACGGCCGCACGAACAAGUGUUGAAAUUGACAACAUGCGGGAGAUAUAUUCAGAGGUGGCCAAGAGAGGGAGUAUUCUGUACUUCGCCACGCAAGGGCUGAGUGCCAUAUCGGAAAUGUACGAGUAUUCGCUCGGCUCUUAUCUGGCUGUGUUCGAGCAGGCGUUGCGAGAAGCGAAACCUGACAAGAUCAUCGAUAAUCGUUUGAAAAACGUCCGAGAAAAGCUCACUCAAAACGUUUAUGACUUCACGUGCAUGGGGCUGUUCGAGCGACAUAAACUUUUAUUUUCCUUCCAAAUGACGUGCAUGAUUAUGGACGGCGAGAAGGAGCUCGUCAUGCAGGACCACGAGUUUUUCCUCAAGGGCAAUCCAAGUCUAGAGAAGGUUGCUAUACCGAACCCCCAUCCCGACUGGCUGCCUGAUGCCGGUUGGAAGGACAUGCAGGUGCUGCCGAGUCUUGGAGAAUGCUUUGAGAAUAUAAUCGAUGAUGUGUCCAGUGCAGAAGGAGGCAAACUGUGGAAAACAUGGUUCGAUUUGGAGCAGCCGGAGAGUUCGCCAAUGCCGAUGGGAUACGACGAGAGUUGUGAUCCGUUCCAGCAGCUGCUCGUGGUACGAUGUCUGCGCACAGAUCGCGUAGUUAAUGCCAUCAAGAACUUCAUAAUGUGGCGACUUGGAGAAUACUAUGUUCAACCACCGUCUUUGGUAUAUGAUAAGAUUUUCCAGCAAUCUAAUGAGAAGAGUCCGAUUGUCUUCAUUCUGUCUCCUGGUGCGGAUCCUCAGAGUGAUGUCCAACAGCUCGGCGAGAAACUUGGAUUUACUGCUCCAAGCAAGUUCCGCUUCUUAGCACUUGGUCAGGGCAUGGGGCCUGUCGCACAGUCUAGCAUCGAAACUGGGUAUCAUCGAGGGCACUGGGUGAUGUUACAGAAUUGUCAUCUUCUAACGAGAUGGCUGAGGACUUUGGAGUCGAUACUCGAGGGAAUGACCAAACCUCAUAGUGACUUCAGACUGUGGUUGACGACACAACCGACACAAGCAUUUCCUUUGGGUAUUCUACAGCGGAGUUUAAAGGUUGUCACUGAGCCACCGGACGGACUGAAGUUGAAUAUGAAACAGAGUUAUGCUAAGAUAACUGAUGCAGAUCUCGACGAGUGUACCCACGAGGCUUUCAAACCACUUAUAUUUGUCCUGGCGUUCUUCCAUGCGGUUGUUCAGGAUCGCAGAAAAUACGGCAGUAUUGGCUGGAACGUUCCUUAUGAUUUCAACGAAUCCGAUUUCAAGAUAUCCUUCCAGCUAUUGAGGCUAUAUAUCGAUAAAGCUCAGGAGAGCGAUGAUCCUCUACCAUGGGAGACAAUGCGUUAUCUGAUCGGAGAAGCUAUGUAUGGCGGUAGAGUGACCGACAACUAUGAUCGUCGGGUCCUGUGCACUUAUUUAGAAGAAUACAUGGGCGACUUCAUCUUUGACGAGAAUCAAGAUUUCUUCUUCAGCCGCUCUGGUCAUGACUACACAGUCCCUAAGGGGAGGCUGGACGUCGAAGCAUACGUCGCGUCGAUAGGAGCUUUGCCGAUCACACAGUCACCAGCGGUCUUCGGACUCCAUCCUAAUGCAGAAAUUACGUAUUUCUCUAAUUCGGCUAAGGAUCUGUGGCUUGGCGUACUCUGUAUGCAAGCUGGUGACACGAGUGGUGGAGGAGGCAUGUCGAGGGAGAGUUUUAUUCAGCAAACGACCCGCGAUAUUAUCGCGGCUAUCCCCAAGAAAGAUAUGAAAUUCUUGAAAAACGAAGGCUCUCUUACGCCUACUGAAGUUGUUCUUUCACAAGAGAUUGAUCGCUUCAAUGCCCUGGCUAACAGCAUGUACGAGUCGCUUAUUGACCUCGGAAGAGCGCUUGUGGGAGAAAUUGGUAUGUCGAAUGAGCUCGACGAGCUGGGCACGUCCAUAUUCAAUGGUUUCCUCCCGAGUCAUUGGGCCAGGCUUGCUCCUCGUAGUGAGAAGCCACUUGGGAGUUGGAUGGACCAUUUUAGGAGAAGAUUAGAACAGUAUGGAAGAUGGAUGGCGGAGGGUGACCCGCAUGUGAUGUGGCUAGCUGGGCUACACGUGCCCGAGUCGUUAUUAUCGGCGUUGGUGCAAGCGGCUUCUCGCAAGAGGGGUUGGCCAUUAGACAAGUCGACUCUUUAUACGCAAGUCACGGGUAUGAUGAGUCCGGAAGAGGUAACGGAGCCUCUGGCUUUUGGAACGUAUGUUGAGGGACUGUAUCUGGAAGGAGCUCGUUGGGAUAUUAGCCUGGGCGAGUUAGCUCGGCAGAACCCUAAGCAGCUCGUUGUGCUUAUGCCCCUCAUACAAAUAAUCCCAGUUGAAGCCGGUCGUCUCAAGCUUCGCGAGUCUUUACCAACACCAGUGUAUUUGACGCCAAAGAGACGGGAUGCUAUGGGCAACGGCUUUGUGUUCGAGGCAAAUCUACGCACACGAGAACAUCCGAGCGUGUGGAUAUUGCAAGGCGUGGCUCUCUUCCUCAACACCGAUCAGUGA